UCUUUGUUGCUAUAACUACCCCCUGUUUCGACAGGCAAUGAUGAAGCCGUCUGCCGGCGACAAACCACGGACCCACUACUACUGACGCUCCUCACAUAGUUUUUCCUUCUUUGAAACGUUUCCCUCCACUGUAGGAGAAGAUGAUCUCCAGUCUGCCGUCAGGACAAAUCCACGGAAAAACUACACCCGGAGUCUAAAUAAGCAUCUUUUUUCCCCCGUUUUUUGGAUUUGAAACUUCACAGGAAACUAAAUUUACAGAUCCUCCUGGUGCGACCGUGUGUGUGAGAUUGGGACCUGGUGUGUGUCAGGGGGCUAUGGUGAGGCGAUGUGCACAGGCUGGUGUGAGGAGAGAUGUACCAGCGUCAGUGGAAAAAGACGGAGAGGUGAGGGAGUGGAUCUUCAUUCAUGGCUGCGCGUCUUGCUCUUGUUCUCGGCUCUGUGGGGCCAAGUGUCCCCACAGUGCCCGGACAGCUGCCACUGCUCCUGGGACACGGCCACAGUGCUGUGCUCAGACGCCGGGCUGCGGGAGAUCCCAGAGGGCAUCCCACCGGAAACCGUCUCCCUCCACCUGGAACGCAACUACAUCCGGAACAUUCCAGAGAGUGCCUUCAGCGACCUGCUCCACCUGCGGGACCUGUACCUGUCCCACAACCGAAUCGACUCGCUCGCCUCAGGGGCCCUGCGGCAUCUGGGCCCCGAGCUGCGCCUGCUGGACCUCUCGCACAACCAGCUGAGGCAGGCCAGCAGGGAGGAGUUCGGCUCCACGCGCGCCAAGAUGCGCCUCUACCACAACCCAUGGCACUGUGACUGCACCCUCCAGGAGCUGAUGGAGACUGUGAACCUGGAGCCCGAGACGGUGAACGGGAUCGUGUGUGAGAGCUCGGUGCGGGGCGUGGGCGAGGGCAGCAGGUGGGAGGACCCGGGGUCUCAGGGCGAGCACGCAGGUCAACCGCUGGUCAAACUGUUGGAUUCUGGGGUGAAUUUCUGCAGCCUGCAGAGGAAAACCACUGACGUAGCCAUGCUGGUGACAAUGUUCGUAUGGUUCUUCAUGGUCAUUGUGUACGUAGUGUACUACGUGAGGCAGAACCAAGCAGAGGCCCGCAGGCAUUUGGAGUACCUGAAGAGUUUGCCCAGCCCACGCAAGACCCCCACAGAGACAGAUACUCUGAGCACUGGCUUCUAAACUCCUGCUCAGCUGUAAAUGAAAUGGAAAUAAUAAGCAAAGGGCAUUUUUAUGGAGAAUGACUGAUGAACUUCAAGAUGCUGUGUGGAGCUACUGGAAGAUUCUGAUCCAAAGGAGAAGAACCUUUUACAGCUGUGUUUUGUGAUUGUGAUAUUUCUUUAUAUUUAUUACAACUGAGCCCCCUUACCACGAUUUUAAAGAAAUAUUUCUUUACCUCUUGUUUCAUGAUUUAAUGAAAAAUAUUUGAUAUACUCAGCAGGAGAGGAAAGCAUGAAAUAAGAGUGUGGAAAAAGGAAAGAAAAUUCUUUGAACUUCAUAACCUUCUGUCUCCCUCUGUACUCCCUCUUUCCCUUUCUUUUCUUCUCCCACCAUGCCCCAUACUGUGGUCUUUUAUCUUUCAUUAAGAGCUAAUUAGGAGUCUUUGAACAAGUGACCCUUAAUGAACACUUGAAAGCCACUAAUCAGCAGCAGUGUGUGUAUCAGGUAGAAAGGAGAGUGCAAACUCAAAUGUGUGUCCUCAACUAAUUGCCUGUGUCAUUUCUGUGUUUUUUGCGUAUGUGGAGUUUCCAUACACUGUUACGGGCCAUUUUUUACUUUGAUAUCGAUGAUUUUGCACAGAUGCUAUUUAAGGCUCUCCAAAUACAGGACCACAAAGCCACAGUGGUUUCUGUGCCAUUGCAACUGCUGAUCUAAAUUUACUCCCGCCAUCAGAGCUCGAGGUGAACUGUUUUGUCUCUGAGCUGCGGCAAUCAGCUCUAAAAUAUCUGGACAGCUUAGUGUACACACAGUGUGUCACUGAUUUGUACAAAGAAGUUUCAGCCAGAUUUAGAAAUGGAUGGUUGUCAUAAAUUAGAUUAGUGUAGCCAUUUAUCCUGAGAGAAGCUGUUAGUAUAGCUUUAAUUAAUCUCUUGAGUCCUGCUUUUCAGUCCUCUCUGCACUGAUUGCUGUGUACAAAUCGUUCUGUCUCCCAUUUUCCACAUAGGCUUUGCCAUAAUUGAUUUUUUUUCCCAAGCCACUGGAAAAAUAAGCAAAACACUUUGAUAAUAAAUGGAAUAAUUUUCUCAGCUGGUACAUUUAUCGCCUGCAAUGUUAAGCUUAAUGCCAUUUCUGGUGUGUAUACUGCCCUGAAUACGGAACAAAACCUGACUGGAUUAACAGCCAACAUUUUUAAUUUCACUUGAGUUCAUAUUCACUGAGGCAAUAUGUGGAGCAUUAUUCUCUGAGGGCAGGCUGCAUUGUGUGGUUAAUGUAUGAGUGCUUUUCAUUCUUUGCUGCAACAUAAUGACGCUAAAAGGCCUCUUUUAACUUUAUAGUGAGCAGCAUUUAAUUUUUGUUUAGGACAGUGGUUCCCAACAAGAGCUUGUGUAUUCAGUCUUACCCCAUUUGCACCAACUUAGGUUUGGUUCUUAAUGUAGCUCUUU